AUGACGGAGGUUGAGCUGGAGUGCGCUGUCUACGGCGAAGCGACUAUGUUUCUUGUGAAGAUCGCGAGCGAUGCGAAACGAGUGGACUCGAACAAAUUGACGCUGUACUUGGCGCGGAAAGAGGGUGGCGUGUGGUUGAAGGACGACCACCAUGUGACGAAUUUCAUGCGAGAAGAUGUCGACAAGCAGUACGUGAACUUGCGUCCAUCCUGGAAACUCGAUGACGAGACCUACUUUGGGAAGAACUUUAAGCCUGAGCGCAAAGAGAUUCACGUGCUGGUGGAACUCCGACCCUCAGAUGACAUUUUCCCAAAUAAGUGA